AUGGCUGCUCCGGUCAAGAAGCGUGAAAUUCAGCGAAAUUUCGAAUUCCCCGACGAUGAUGACGAAAGUUCGUCAGGCAGUGAGGAUAACGAGAAGGAACAACUAGAUGAACAGGGAAUGGAAAUUCAAGUGGACUUUGAAGGAAGAUAUCCAGUGGAUCCGGAUUAUCAUGGCAUUAAAACUUUAUUACAACAACUGUUUUUGAAAGCUCAUAUUGAUUUAGGUGGUCUGGCAGAUUUAAUUAUCCGUGAAAACCAUGUGGGUUCAGUUGUUAAACAGUCAGCAGAUUUAGACGAGUCUGACAAUGAAGAUACUGAUAUCAAUGAUGUAUUUGGUAUUACUACAGUAAUUAAUUUAUCUUUUAAACAGAAUUAUCCUUGUGUGCAACAACUCAGAGAAUUAUUAAGACAAAUGGCAAAUGAACAUGCAACAGAUGCAGCAAAUACAAUGAUAAAACAUGUUCUUGAAAAUGACACCGAAGUAUUAGGUUUAUUAAUUAAUGAAAGAUUUGUAAAUAUUCCAGCUCAAAUAUCUGUGCCACUUCUGGAAAAUUUAAUUUCUGACAUAAAAAGAGCAAACACUAGAAAGGUGCCCUUCAACUUUUCGUACUACGUAUUAAUCUGCAAACUCUAUAAAAUGGAAAACGUAAAACUAGACAAAAAAUUGAAACAGAAAAAGAAAGAUAAUAUAGAAAAACCAUCUAUUCUAUGGAGCAAUCCAGAGGAAGAAAUUUUUGCUGAAGAGGCAACAGUCAGUUUUGAAUUUUCAGUUGAGAAAGAGACAGAUAGUGCUUUGUCUGGAACGUGGACUGAGUCAGAUGAUGAAAUGAUACCUUACAGGAGAGUGCUUCUCUUUGAAGCUACCAAAUUGCAACCAAUUAUUGACAAAAUAAAAAAACAGAUUUCCUAA